AUGCGUUUCGCUGUCCUUUCCACGACACUUCUGGCUCUGGCUGUGAACGCCUUGCCAGUCGAUACCGAUGAGACUUCUGGUCUCGAUAUCACCUUGAGCCGUAUCAGUGACACCCGCAUCAAGGCUGUCGUGAAGAACUCUGGCAGUGAAGAUGUCACAUUUGUGCAUCUCAACUUUUUCCGCGACAACGCACCCGUGAAGAAGGUCAAUGUCUUCAAAAACGAUGCUGAGGUCACUUUUGAGGGAAUCAAGCGCCGGUUCGUCCUCGAGGGUCUCAGCUCGGAAUCUCUCACUUCCCUUGCUGCAGGAGAGACCUUCGAGGAUGAAUUUGACAUUGCCACUACCACUGACUUGUCUAGCGGAGGUCCAUUGACUCUUCAGUCGGCCGGCCUGGUGCCCAUAGUCGUUGAUGGCACAGUCACUGGUUAUCUGCCAUACCGUUCCAAUGAUCUCAAGAUCGAGGUUGACGGUGCCAAGGCCUCCCGUGUGCUGAAGGCUAUCAAGCCGCUCGAUCGUCGUGCUCUUCAAACCUGCAGUUCUUCGAGCAAGAAGUCAGCUCUUAACACUGCCCUCAAGAACACUGUGUCGCUCGCAAACGCUGCCGCAACGGCUGCCCUUUCUGGAUCUGCCUCCAAGUUCCAGGAGUACUUCAAGACCACCAGCACUGCUACACGCAAGGUUGUGGCUGCUCGCCUUCAGGCUGUUGCGAAAGAGGCCGGCUCGGUGUCUGCCACCAAGUACUACUGCUCAGAUACCCUGGGAUACUGCGAGCCCAAUGUCUUGGCUUACACUCUGCCAUCUCAAAAUGUGAUCGCCAAUUGCGAUCUCUACUACAGCGACCUCCCAGCAUUGGCUAGCACAUGCCACAGCCAAGAUCAAGCAACCACCACUCUCCAUGAGCUCACCCAUGCUCCAGGAGUUUACAGCCCGGGAACUGAUGACAACGGAUACGGAUAUGCCGCUGCCACAUCCCUCACCAGCGCAAAGGCUGUGUUGAACGCUGACUCGUAUGCCCUGUAUGCCAAUGGUAAGUGUCCG